AUGGUUCGCGACCGUAUCCUCCCUGAUGUCAUACACAAUUUGACGCUGGAACUGCCUAAAAUAAGUGCUUCAUGUACCCUUAACCUGAAGGAAGCCCAGGCCGAAUACCGCAAACUAGCGCUCAUCUUUUUUCAGGCCAUGCUUGACCGUCUCAUCUAUGACCAACCACCUCUGCCCGAUCGGCCCGAGGUCAAAACCUGGCUUCUAACAGACUUAGAUCUCACAGAAAUGCUGCGUCAAUAUAUCGCCGAGGCUACGGGCCACUUUUCCAUUGACAGCAACAUCCUGGAUGUGGAUGACAUAAUCUGGUUGACAAACUCAGUCCAGUCGGUAAUAAGUACUUUAAUGCCGGUGACCAGACGACAAAAGUUCCUGAUAUCAGAACAAGUAGGAAAAAGAAGACAUUAUCUAUUCUUAUAUUGUAAUGCUAAAGCACGGAUUGGAGAACUUCUACGACUUGGAAAUUGCAGUGACAGACAUUAA